AAUAAUAAUAAAUGUUAACAGACACUAACAGAAACAAAGUUUCAGCUUACUUUCCUGCUGCUUUAACUUUGGCCGAUCUUCAAAAUGAUUAGAUAAUUUCUGAGGAUUCAGAUGUUGAUUUGAGUUAAUCUAAAUUGCAACGUCUUGGAAUUGAUAUUAGUAGUCUUCAUGCUCCAGAAAGUUCUGAUAAAAAAGAUGAAUUAAGUGAUGUUAAAACAGGUUUAUAAGAAUUCAAUAAAUCCAUUUAACAAUAUACUAAAAAAUUUAAUGACACAUAGAAUCAUUUAGAUCGAUUCGAUCUCACUUCUAAUAUAGAACAAUUUAAAUAAAAAAUUUAAGAAUUAUAAGUAGAAUUAUAGACUGAUCCUCCAACAUCUGAUCCAUAUAAAAUAUCACUUCAUUCUAUUAGAUAAACAACUGAUACUAAAACACCCUAAACAUUUACUACAACCACCAAUAAAUAACCUAAUUAAACAUAAAAUUAAUCUUAUUCUUCUGCAGGAUAAAGUUAUUAAUUACCUCAUUUAAAUUCUACUAAUUUUAAAACUCAACAAAAUACUCGUCCAGAUCCAUUAGGAAAUCUUUCUGAAAAACUAGAAUAUCAUCGUAUCAAAUAUUAUGAUUAAUUCAUGCCAGAUAACUAAAAAUUACUUAAUAAUCCACUUAAAUAUUUAAAAUAUAAAUUAGAUUGCUAAAAUAGAUUCAAUAUGGAACAUUGUCUUGAUAGUUUAAUUAAUUAUUGA